AUGGUCCCUGCAGAUCCGGGCAAGCCGGUGGAACGAACCAAAUCUUCAAAACACAAAUCAAGGAGGCACCUCACAUCAGUCGCGGACAAGGAUCGGCCAGUUUCGUUGACCUCUCACUACUCUUCAUCGCAGUCGAGGCAAUCACUUCUCCUAGCGACCACUAACAAGAACCAUGACCAGGGAGCCCAAGAUCAAGCCCCCACCAAUGGAAGCGGUGCUGCGGUCACAGAUUUUGCAACGGUUUGCAAGACCGACGUCUCGCCCUCGAAACCUAGUGACACGCCUCUAGAGGCUGACCCUGGAUUCGCUUCGCAAUCGGAGAAACCGACGGAACAGCAGUGCCAACUGGCACCAACUGGUAGCGGCCUGCUAAGCCAAACGGAUGCGCGCUUGCUGAUGACCUCACGCACGAAGCCGACGACAGGUAUUUCAUCGGUCGGUACUGGCGCUGCCGUUGCAGCACGAACCAGAGAUAGUACCAGGUUUUACAGCGCCACUGCCUUUCUCCUGUUGGUCGCGGCUUGCGUGGUGGGAGCCGUGUUCGCGCUAAUAAUCCUAUUUACCGAGUGGGAGAGCCAAGUACUGCUUCGGGUUCCGGGCUUAGGCAGGUUCCGCGGUCUCCUUCUGGAAGUCGAGAAUCAGCCUGUGUACGUGUUUCGUGGCGUUCGCUUCGGUCAGAACACGGCAGGGGAGAAGCGGUUCGACAGGCCCGCCGUUUGGCCCGAAAGCAGACACGUCGUCAGAGACGCGAGGCUGUCCAAACCGGGCUGCGUGCAGAACCCACUUAAGGAGAGGGACAGCGUUGUAGAGCUUAACAACGACACGACCGAAGACUGCUUGCACCUGAAUGUGUGGACGCCGUGCACGGAGGCCUUGGAGCCAGGCUGCCGCAGGACGGUCGUGGUUUUCCUGUCGUCGCGGGACUUCCAGCAGGGCAACAACAACCAAUAUGACGGUCGUUGGUUCGCCGCUCUCGGCCAGGUGGUUGUGGUGGUACCAAAUUUCCGGCUGGGUGUUUUCGGCUUCCUGAACCUUAGCGUCCCUGGUGCACCAGGAGACGUGGCGCUGGACGACCAGCGUCUGGCGCUGGAGUGGGUGGUGUCGCACAUUGCCAGCUUCGGUGGUAACGCCAGCGACAUCGUGCUCAUGGGCAGUGCCGCCGGCGCGUGGUCGGUGGGCACCCACAUCACUAGCGACGAUCCGUUCUGGCAUCACGAGCGGUUCACCAAAGUCAUCCUUCACAGUGAGUCGCCGCUCAGGAGAUACUACGCCAACACCGUCCGCCGGGUGACGCAGCUGUUGAGGUGCCCAGUGGAAGACCAUCUGUCACAGCUGUACUGUCUUCGUAAGACCUCCGCGAGCGACUUAUUGCGCGUAACGAGCACGUGGGACUGCCACCAGGGCCCUUCCACAAUGCGAGCACCAGAGUCAGCGGCGCGCGUCAUCGGUCGUCGCUUCUUCGUGGGCGUCGUCUCGGACGAAGGAUCCCACUUGGCGGACUCGUUGCGCAGGCUGCCGUCGCGAACGCCAGACUUGCGUUGGAUGGCUAGCAAGUUUCUGGGUACCGUAUUCAGCAUAAAGCUGAGCGCCGAGCUCGCAGACGCCUACAGCAGUUCCGUCAAGGCCGAAGGAGGAAAUGCUUUCGGAAACGGUGUGUGGGUAAGCCAGCUCCUUGGUGACGUACUCUACGUGUGCCCUCUCGUUCGGUUGGCGCUGGAGCUUGCAGCAGAGCACAGGAACAUCGUGUGGGGCUUUCUCUUCGAUCAUCGCGCCAGCUUCGCACCGCCCUACGAUGGUACGGGCGCACCACGGUUUUCCGAGCUAGACUUCGUGUUUGGCCGAGUCCUCGACGGCUCCUUCGGACCUGUCACUUCAGACGAGCAGCGGCUAACCAGGCAGCUCAUCCAACUGUGGGCCGGGUUUGCCAAGAUGGGUUCGUUGCCUACGGCGAAGCAGAACACCUGGCCUUCCUACACCGACGGCAGGGCGGUCCACAUGCGCAUCACCCUGCAGGGCCUGGAGGAAUUAUGGGACUUCAAGAAGAACAACUGUUCCAUUGUGGCAAAUUAUGUUCCGAACGCUGUGGACGAUACCGCUGCGCGAAGAAAGAACACAACCACAUGA